AUGAAUGCCUCUCGGGGUACCUUCUCUUCAUUCUGUUUAGUUUUAAUGGUCAUUAAUUUCUUACAAAAUGGUGUAUCUCCUCCAAUCUUACCAAAUCUUGAAUCCCCAAAUAAAUCAAUUCUCGAACAUACCUCAAAACUCAAAACAAAUUUUAUUAUUGAAGAUUAUCUUGUUCAUUAUUAUGAUCAUACAACUCUCAAAUUUAAAUCAUCAGAUUUUAAAAUAUCAAUAGAUCAAUUGUUUUAUAAAUUCUUUGAAUAUUAUUUAGGAUUUGAUUUCAAAAAUUUAUCUAUCAACAUUUCUAAAGGUAUUAAACAAAGAGUCGAAAAAAAGAAAUUAUCGAAGUUCAAGAUUUAUUUGAACCCAAAUUCUUAUCUCUUGGUAUUAAAUUUAAAAAAUUCAAAAAGGUUUUAUUUGAAUUUGCUUUAA